AUGGACUCGCCUGCGGCCGAGAUUGUCUCCCCCGCUGCGGGAUUUAGACUGUUCGUCGCUGUAAACAAACAGACCCUGCAACACGUCGACCACCCACCUGUUUUUCGACAACCUCACAAUCGUGUCCUCCUCUAUACGCAUCUCGAUACCAAAGGCAUACGCUCCUCCAUAUACACCCCAAUACCCCGACGUCAAGUACGCACCAUGGCAGCCAGCCCUCGCAAUCCAAAAGCCUGCCUUCUCGGCCUCCCAGGGGAACUACGCAAUCGUAUCCUCCUCGACGUCGCAACCAGCGCCGCAUUCAAUCCGGACGGCGAUCGGAACGACGUCAACUUUCCCUACGCAGAAUCCAGCCUCAAAGUACUCUUUCGAAGCUUCUACAUCAACAAGCAACUCUUCCAUGAACUCAGCGCCCUCUUCAAUGGCAACAAUCGCUUCGGCCUUUGUGCCAAGCCCACUUCCGUAGCCAGACAGAUCAUGCUCCUUUGCGACAAGAGGCCAUCAGAUGCCGAGAUCUUCACCGAUCGGCUGCUGGCCCGCCGCACCCUGACCGAGAUCCGCUCCUACUUCACCAAAGAUACCUACAUCGCAUACGACAUGAACGAGUUCGGCAAGUUCAAAGGGUUACACCUUCCCCAUACCGCCACCAGGUCCUCCAUCCGCCAUGUCCGCAUGUUCGUUCCCCUACCCAUCAGCCUGCUCGUGAGCGACGUUUUCUACGAAGAUAUCUUCGGAGGCGGUUAG